AGUCAUGCUGUGCCCGCCUCUUGCAGAUGCGCACGACCCGCAAAGUGUCGGUAUGGCCCGUGGGACUGGUAGGAGGACGACGGUAUGAGCGCCCAGUCGUGGAAAACGGCAAAGUUGUCGGCUGGUACACUGGCUGGAGAGCUGACAGGCCCUUCGCUAUUGACAUGGCAGGAUUUGCUGUGAGCCUUCAGGUGAUUCUGUCACAUCCAAAAGCUGUAUUCAAGCGUCGUGGUUCUCAACCAGGAAUGCAAGAAUCUGAUUUUCUGAAACAGAUAACAACAGUGGAGGAACUGGAGCCAAAAGCAAACAACUGCACAAAGGUUCUUGUAUGGCACACACGAACCGAAAAAGUAAAUCUAGCUAAUGAGCCAAAAUACCAUCUGGACACAGUCAAUAUUGAGGUAUGAUCUGGAGACACAGCUGCACAGGAGGCACAGUACAACGGAUGUGUCAGAAGGGGUUCGAAUUCAGCCAGUUAAGAGUCUACGUCUGUGUGAGACCUUGUACUAGUCAUCUGACGGACUUCUGUGGAAACAAAAGGAAGCUGUCAGAUACUCUGAUCAGCAAAUCAAGAGGCUGUGCUUUGUUCUAACUCAUUUGCAUGCAUUUCUGAACUCUCGUCUUAAUAAACUGACACUUACCUUUGUUUUAAGGCUGUUUCCACAUAGUAAAAGCAAUCAAAGAGAAACACGGCUGCAAUGGAGUGUUUUCCAAAUCAUCAUUUAUGUAUAUACUUUUUGUAUUUAUCCAGCUUAAUGGUGUAAUUAUAAACUGAUUUAACUCACAAACUGUUAAUCUAAAUAUUUGCAUAGAUGGACCUUCCACACUGAACAUGUUUUCCUUCAUUAAAAGUAGACUUCUUAAACAAAUAGCGGUCAAAUAGGUCAUACAAUAAUGAAAUAAAAACCCACAAUCAUUUAUGGAUUUAUCCUUUUAAUAUAGGGAAAUAACAUUUUAUCAUUACGAGGCACCAUAAAAUGUAAACACAAUCACUGUCAUAAACCUGGAUAUCUCUGCAAGGAAAACCAGAUCUCUUCACACUGAUUUACCUUGUCUACAUAUUGUGCCGCGAGUUCUCAGCAUUACUGCUGUGUGCGUGCCUCGUGAGCCAGAUUGGACACUUGAUCACCGGAGACUCGAAUGGAUCAAAUGGUCAUUUUUAAAAGAAUAAACUAUUGAUUUGUAGAAUUACAGUAA